CCGCGCGCAGGAACCCCGUUACGAACGAAAAAAAGAAGCCCGCGAUAACAGCGGAUUCGAACGACUCGCGCUACGACGUCGUCGACGAUGUUGACCCGGUCUCCCCCGUCCCCUCCCGAAUCGUUUCCCAUGACCAACGGCGAUGAUGGUCCGUCCCCGUGGACCCACCCUAUCAUCCACCACAGGCGCCAGCGUGCCCCGCUCGCCGUCCCGCCGCACGUGACUCUCACGCGCAGCCGGCGCCUUCGCCGUCUCCCCUCUUUUACCUGCCCCCUCUUUCUCUUUCUUUCCCCCAUCCAACCCUAACGCCGACGACGAACAAAGAACGUGAGAGAGAGAGAGAGAGGGAGAGGAUAAGGGGAUAAGGGUUUGGGAAGAUGGAUUCGACGACGAAGCCACCGAAUCCGGCGCUGCCUUACCGGGAGGAUUGCUGGAGCGAAGGCGAGACGUCGGUGCUGGUCGACGCCUGGGGCGAUCGCUACAUCGAGCUCAAUCGCGGGAACCUGCGCCAGAAACACUGGCAGGAGGUCGCCGACGCCGUGAACUCCCGCUCAGGCGCUGGACGCCGCCCGGCCCGCACCGACGUCCAGUGCAAGAACCGGAUCGACACCCUGAAGAAGAAGUACAAGGUCGAGAAGGCCCGGAUCUCCGCCGGCGCCGAAAGCCAGUGGCCAUUCUUCGUCCGCCUCGACGUCCUCAUUGGGUCCUCCCCGCCCCCAAAGAAGCCUCCUUCCUCGCCGCCGCUCGCCCUUCCGCUCCCCUUCCACCGCAAGGGCUCCCUGUUGCCUGCUGCCACCGCCGUGCGCUCGGCGGAACCAAAGGGGAAGCGGUCGGCCGCCACGGCGUUAUCCGUGGACAAUCCGAUCUUGAGGCGAGCGGCCGCAGCUGCCGAGGCUGCGGCAGAGGACAUCAAAGAUGAGGACGAGGUGGGAUCUGAUUCGCCGUCAAGAUCGUCCUCAAGAUCGGCAAAAGAUUGGAAGAAGCCGAAGGAAGGAGAAGGAAACGGGAUUCGAGAGUUAGCCAGGGCGAUCACGAGGUUUGCUGAGAUCUACGAGAGGGUGGAAGGGGCAAAACAGAGGCAGAUGAUGGAACUAGAGAAGCAACGAAUGGAGUUCACGAAGACGCUCGAAUUCCAGAAGAUGCAGCUCAUUGUGGACACACAAGUACAAAUUGCCAAAAUCAAGCGCGCCAAAAGAUCAGGCACUGACGGCUAUUUGUAGUUGGAUAAAAAGAGGGAGGGCUUUCUCAACAGCAGUCACGGUUUGGCUUGUACAUCUAGAUCAUGCAUCUUAUCAAAUGCUCAUCAUCUAAAUUGUGAUAUCUAAGCUAUGCUAAGCUAAGAUCUACGAGUUCUCAGCAUCGUCAUUUAGUAGCUAUUCAAGUUGCUGUUCAGGCAAGUAAAAGAAGGUGAAUUUGUUCAAAGUUGCCUUUCUUUUGCUUAAGAAUUGAUUUGGUUAAACUCUGUAUGGCUGAAGCAUCUAUUUAAUGUGUGACCAGUAAUUUUACAGUCUAACAAUCUUUGAUCCUGUUAUUAGGCCAGAGACUCGAAAUCCAAGAAUCUUUGUUUUUUUUUUUCUUUCUUUCUAUGUUUUAAGCAGGUAUUAGUUAUGAAAAAGAAAAUUCUGUAUUGUUAGGUUGUACGUUGAUUUUGAAUGAAAAUUAUGUCAAUUUCUGCA